UUGAACUUGUGUUUUCUUCUUCUGUGGAAUAAUUAUGGGCUCAUGUCUGAUUCUUGACAGAAUAGGGUUUUUUUUUCCUUUCAAAUUGAAGCAUUAGUUUUCAUCUUAACGAAUUUCUAACAAAAUUUCAUCGGAAGAAGAUUGGAUCAGUCAUUUCGUGUUCUAAUUGCAUAUUCACUUGAUUUCUGUGUGAUUGGCUUUUGAAAUCCGUUUUAAAUUGUUGGAAAUAUUUUAGAAAACUGGUUUAGAUAUGGAUAAACAUGUUUAAGAAGAGGUAAUUUAGUUUAGAAUCGUAUGAGAGUGACUUCGAACAGAAUUUUGGAUAGGUAUCCUACUUUUUUAAUUCGAAAUUUUUGUUGAAUGUUCUAAGAGAUUUCUUGUUGAGUAGUGUUAAAAUGUAGUAUUUUUUAAAGAUUGAACAAAAUUCAAAAGAAUUUUUUAUAAUUUAUGAUGAACAGUUCUAAUCUUAUGUCUUUAUCAGCUGAUUCAUGCGCCUGUACUCAAGAUUAGCUUGAGCCGACACCACCAUGUUUGUUUAAUUAAUUUUCGGUAUAGCUCAAGAUUUAUUUAUUUUGGAUCUGGAUAUGGAUAGUUUCUAGCCCCAAAAAACUUUCCAGAAGGUCAACUUGCAAAUAAGAUUUAAAUAUCUAAUUGGCCUGCGGCAUUAACCAAGAGUUUGUCUUUAUAAUAUUCUGAAAGCACAUAACUCUACCUCUUAUCUCCUUGCUCUUAUCUUUCCUUGGGAUUCAAGUUUAGGUUUCUAAGAAGGGUUGUGUUACAACAGAGCAUUUGGAGAUGGAGAUUAACUCAUUUGGAGAGAACAAGUCUUGGACGUCUGUUGUGGAUGCCAUGGCUGACACUCAUGGUGAUGCCUCUGGGCUGUUCGACUGUAACAUAUGCUUAGAGACUGUGAAAGAUCCUGUUGUUACACUUUGUGGCCAUCUCUUUUGUUGGCCCUGCCUUUACAAAUGGCUUCACUUUCAGGACAGCUCUAAAGAAAAACAUGGCCGGCGACUCCAGCAAUGUCCAGUUUGUAAGGCAGAAGUUUCUGAUGCUACUCUAGUGCCACUCUAUGGCAAAGGUGGAACUCAAGACCCAUUCGAAAGCAAGAAUUCGCAGCUUGGAAUCGUCGUCCCUCGGAGGCCUAACGGUCCUGUUUGCUUCGAGUUACCAAAGCCAGCUUCUCACCCAACCUCUCACCCAGUUCCUCAAUCUAGGCAAGGAAAUUCUUCUAAUCAAUCAAACAUUUGCUAUGCUCAAGUGACAGGAGUGUUUGGAGAAGUGGUUUAUGCAAGAAUGUUCGGUGCAAUAACGAAUCUAUAUGCAUAUCCCAAUGCAUACCCUCUUGUGUGGAGCAGUAGCCCAAGGAUUAGAAGGCAUAUUUUGCAGACUGAUGAAUCACUCAACAGAAUCUGUAUUUUUCUUUUCUGUUUCUUAGUUAUCUGUCUUCUUUUGUUCUGAGCCAUAGAUUUUCCCUUUACUCUCUAAUCCAUUGUAAAAAAUGAUAUGCAGAUUGUGUUAUGUAGGCGUGGCUGAGCGUUGGUGGCGAUGUUGCCCCUUGGCUUGCCCUUCUUAUGUAGUUGAUGUAAAUAAUAAUUUUGUUUAAAGGCUCGUUAUAUGGCCUUCUAUUA